CGCGCGCGUCGCAUUUCACUUUGAAAUAAACUUCAGUUUUCCUUUCCAAAAUUUAAUUGGUGGAAGCGUUUGAACAUGCGAAAUUUGUUAAUUAUCGUGUGUAUUCAUUUAAUAUUACUACUUGUACAUUUUACCGAUGCAUUCGCCGGAACAGUUCGACCAUUUUUCACCACUCUUCCAGUACCUGGAAGAAAUGUUCCUAUUAUGAGAUUAUUCGAGAACUAUGCUGCAUCGUGCCGACCAAAAAGUAAAAAGGACUUCAAUGUUGAUCAGCUGGCAAAUCUUCUCCAAUCUCUCCAAAUGGAUGAAGUAGCCACAAAAGCCUACAACUCCCUAUUCUUCUCAAUGGCUGAUAUGCAAAUCGAAAAGUUCAUGGGUAAAUGGUACACAGUUGUUGAUUCGAAAGAAGUUCAUAAAGAGGAUUGUUCAAUUUUCUAUUGUAAGUUUAUUUUCAUUCUGAAAAUGAGAUGCAAAUUUUCAGUCGAUAUGGUACUUCAAACUCCAUACACCGCAACAUUCACCUCAAAGCAGUACGGAGUGAUUAAUAAUGAUGUCGUCACCAAUGAGGGGUACGGUAGUAUGGUUGGUCCAGAGCCCGGAGCCGUUCUUAUUACAACUGGUAGUGAAAGGGAUCAGUGUCCAUUUUUCCCUGUACGAAUCGGUGGCUUGAGUGACGAAGGAGAAUAUCAAUACAUGAUCUUAAGUACACCACUGAAGUAUCCAACGAUGGUCUUGACAAGGUAAGUUUGCCUUAAAAUUUGUUUUCUAAUUAUUCCAAUCUAAUAUUCAUGUGAUGUUGAAAAAUGCAAACAUGUAUUUUAAUACAUUUUCCCCCUAUUGAUGCGUACCGAAAAAUGUAGAAAAAUGGAAUCAUUUUUUUGCAUUUUUCGACAUUUUCGACAUUUUUGACAUUUUCCGACAUUUUUCGACGUUAUUCGACAUUUUCACGCAUUUUUCAGAGUUUGCCGAACUAGGCCAUUUUGGCUCGGCCAUAUCUGGGGUAGAUUUACGGCGCGUUGCGUGUCGCGUCGCGGCUUGAUUUUAGUUGUAAAACUAAAUGUAUUUGUCCGUGUGGAGUACACGACUUUCCCAGGCAAUUGUCAAUGGAGCGCGAAAAAUUCAAUGAGGAAGGACAGAACCCCGUGUCCACAGGAAGAAUUUUCUCUGCGUCUCUUGUCUUUAGCAUUUAAAGUGGGGCGACGCCGAUGUAGAAAAAUGCUGAAAAAUUUCGAAAAAUGUCGAAAAAUGCACAAAAUGAUGGCAUUUUUCUACAUUUUUCUGCAUUUUUCGGCACGCAAAAAACAUCACAUGAAUAACCCCAUAAAAACUCCAAUUUUUCCAGAGACCUAACCCUAUUCGAAACGAAAUGGAAGCGAGAAGUGUAUGAUUUUGUUGAGAAGAAUGGUUUCAUGAGUCCAAUGGCAGCAUUGAACACUCGUCUCCAUUUCACAGAUGUCGAUGUUUGCAGAAAAGUGAAUAAGUUAUAUGAGAAUGGAAAUGUUUGAGUUGAAGAUUAUCUUUUUUCUGAUGAUACGGCAGAGUUUUUGACGGGUUGUGCAGUGUUUAUUUUUAACCUUCAUGUGUAUUUAAAAAUAAAGAUUAAUUUAAUUGAA